AUGGAACAGUGUGAAAUGAGCAAAGGGAUUGAAAUCGGAGAAGGUGUAUACUGGGACUCAAUGUACAAAGCCAAAGGUCUAAUAGAUGGCAAAAGCUGUGACCUGAACCAGUCUAUGCCAGAAAUAUUGGAAGAAGUUACCUUUCCCUUGGGAAUCCGGCAUUCCGCAUGUGAAGAGCCCAAAAUAUCACCCAAGCAGUUGCAGCAGAAGACUGAACACCAUGACGCCACAUCAGCACAACUGCAAAACCGCUCACUCAGUCAACUUGCACAAGCCACAGCCGACAGACUUCGCAUUCACGAGAAGGAGGCCCUGCAGCAAGAACUACCAUCCCGGCCGCCAACUCCAUCUUGGGCCUACGAGGAAGCUGACGUGGCCGCUUCCAAAACGACAGAAGUGCCGCGGGAGCCCACUCUUACGCAGGAAGAACUAGACCACAUCGCAUAUAUUCAGAAGCUCGCAGAGGAAACAUCGUUCGCAGUUGAACCCCCUCCUCGUCCAGCACCUCCUUCAGUGACUGAAGAUGAACGAAGAAAAGACUCGUUUGUGGCAGAUGAGGCAGAUCAACCGCGCUAUGCAGCAGAGUUGGAAAGCGAGGAAUCUCAAGCGACGUCAGGAGCUGAUGAAGAGCUCGCCUCUGACAUGGGUUCUCCAGCUCCAAUAUACGAGCGAACAUCACCGCUGCUAGAGGAACGAAAGCAGGAGCAUGUUGAAGAAACAUCAUUUGAUGAGGUGGACCACAGGGAAACGGCAAUGCCGGAAGUAUCAUUCGGACAGCCAAUUCCAUCUUGGGCCUACGAUGAAGCUGACGUGGCCGCUUCCAAAACAACAGAAGUGCCGCGGGAGCCCACUCUUACGCAGGAAGAACUAGACCACAUCGCAUAUAUUCAGAAACUCGCAGAGGAAACAUCGUUCGCAGUUGAACCCCCUCCUCGUCCAGCACCUCCUUCAGUGACUGAAGAUGAACGAAGAAAAGACUCGUUUGUGGCAGAUGAGGCAGAUCAACCGCGCUAUGCAGCAGAGUUGGAAAGCGAGGAAUCUCAAGCGACGUCAGGAGCUGAUGAAGAGCUCGCCUCUGACAUGGGUUCUCCAGCUCCAAUAUACGAGCGAACAUCACCGCUGCUAGAGGAACGAAAGCAGGAGCAUGUUGAAGAAACAUCAUUUGAUGAGGUGGACCACAGGGAAACGGCAAUGCCGGAAGUAUCAUUCGGACAGCCAAUUCCAUCUUGGGCCUACGAUGAAGCUGACGUGGCCGCUUCCAAAACAACAGAAGUGCCGCGGGAGCCCACUCUUACGCAGGAAGAACUAGACCACAUCGCAUAUAUUCAGAAACUCGCAGAGGAAACAUCGUUCGCAGUUGAACCCCCUCCUCGUCCAGCACCUCCUUCAGUGACUGAAGAUGAACGAAGAAAAGACUCGUUUGUGGCAGAUGAGGCAGAUCAACCGCGCUAUGCAGCAGAGUUGGAAAGCGAGGAAUCUCAAGCGACGUCAGGAGCUGAUGAAGAGCUCGCCUCUGACAUGGGUUCUCCAGCUCCAAUAUACGAGCGAACAUCACCGCUGCUAGAGGAACGAAAGCAGGAGCAUGUUGAAGAAACAUCAUUUGAUGAGGUGGACCACAGGGAAACGGCAAUGCCGGAAGUAUCAUUCGGACAGCCAAUUCCAUCUUGGGCCUACGAUGAAGCUGACGUGGCCGCUUCCAAAACAACAGAAGUGCCGCGGGAGCCCACUCUUACGCAGGAAGAACUAGACCACAUCGCAUAUAUUCAGAAACUCGCAGAGGAAACGUCGUUCGCAGUUGAGCCACCAUCUCAAACUCCUUCACUCCAGGCGGCAGCAUUUGCUCAAAGUGAAGUUCUUACGCAAGAAGAACUAGACCACAUCGCGUACAUUCAGAAACUCGCAGAGGAAACGUCGUUCGCAGUUGAGCCACCAUCUCAAACUCCUUCACUCCAGGCGGCAGCAUUUGCUCAAAGUGAAGUUCUUACGCAAGAAGAACUAGACCACAUCGCGUACAUUCAGAAGCUCGCAGAGGAAACAUCGUUCGCAGUUGAACCCCCUCCUCGUCCAGCACCUCCUUCAGUGACUGAAGAUGAACGAAGAAAAGACUCGUUUGUGGCAGAUGAGGCAGAUCAACCGCGCUAUGCAGCAGAGUUGGAAAGCGAGGAAUCUCAAGCGACGUCAGGAGCUGAUGAAGAGCUCGCCUCUGACAUGGGUUCUCCAGCUCCAAUAUACGAGCGAACAUCACCGCUGCUAGAGGAACGAAAGCAGGAGCAUGUUGAAGAAACAUCAUUUGAUGAGGUGGACCACAGGGAAACGGCAAUGCCGGAAGUAUCAUUCGGACAGCCAAUUCCAUCUUGGGCCUACGAUGAAGCUGACGUGGCCGCUUCCAAACAAACAGAAGUGCCGCGGGAGCCCACUCUUACGCAGGAAGAACUAGACCACAUCGCAUAUAUUCAGAAACUCGCAGAGGAAACGUCGUUCGCAGUUGAGCCACCAUCUCAAACUCCUUCACUCCAGGCGGCAGCAUUUGCUCAAAGUGAAGUUCUUACGCAAGAAGAACUAGACCACAUCGCGUACAUUCAGAAGCUCGCAGAGGAAACAUCGUUCGCAGUUGAACCCCCUCCUCGUCCAGCACCUCCUUCAGUGACUGAAGAUGAACGAAGAAAAGACUCGUUUGUGGCAGAUGAGGCAGAUCAACCGCGCUAUGCAGCAGAGUUGGAAAGCGAGGAAUCUCAAGCGACGUCAGGAGCUGAUGAAGAGCUCGCCUCUGACAUGGGUUCUCCAGCUCCAAUAUACGAGCGAACAUCACCGCUGCUAGAGGAACGAAAGCAGGAGCAUGUUGAAGAAACAUCAUUUGAUGAGGUGGACCACAGGGAAACGGCAAUGCCGGAAGUAUCAUUCGGACAGCCAAUUCCAUCUUGGGCCUACGAUGAAGCUGACGUGGCCGCUUCCAAAACAACAGAAGUGCCGCGGGAGCCCACUCUUACGCAGGAAGAACUAGACCACAUCGCAUAUAUUCAGAAACUCGCAGAGGAAACGUCGUUCGCAGUUGAGCCACCAUCUCAAACUCCUUCACUCCAGGCGGCAGCAUUUGCUCAAAGUGAAGUUCUUACGCAAGAAGAACUAGACCACAUCGCGUACAUUCAGAAGCUCGCAGAGGAAACAUCGUUCGCAGUUGAACCCCCUCCUCGUCCAGCACCUCCUUCAGUGACUGAAGAUGAACGAAGAAAAGACUCGUUUGUGGCAGAUGAGGCAGAUCAACCGCGCUAUGCAGCAGAGUUGGAAAGCGAGGAAUCUCAAGCGACGUCAGGAGCUGAUGAAGAGCUCGCCUCUGACAUGGGUUCUCCAGCUCCAAUAUACGAGCGAACAUCACCGCUGCUAGAGGAACGAAAGCAGGAGCAUGUUGAAGAAACAUCAUUUGAUGAGGUGGACCACAGGGAAACGGCAAUGCCGGAAGUAUCAUUCGGACAGCCAAUUCCAUCUUGGGCCUACGAUGAAGCUGACGUGGCCGCUUCCAAAACAACAGAAGUGCCGCGGGAGCCCACUCUUACGCAGGAAGAACUAGACCACAUCGCAUAUAUUCAGAAACUCGCAGAGGAAACGUCGUUCGCAGUUGAGCCACCAUCUCAAACUCCUUCACUCCAGGCGGCAGCAUUUGCUCAAAGUGAAGUUCUUACGCAAGAAGAACUAGACCACAUCGCGUACAUUCAGAAGCUCGCAGAGGAAACAUCGUUCGCAGUUGAACCCCCUCCUCGUCCAGCACCUCCUUCAGUGACUGAAGAUGAACGAAGAAAAGACUCGUUUGUGGCAGAUGAGGCAGAUCAACCGCGCUAUGCAGCAGAGUUGGAAAGCGAGGAAUCUCAAGCGACGUCAGGAGCUGAUGAAGAGCUCGCCUCUGACAUGGGUUCUCCAGCUCCAAUAUACGAGCGAACAUCACCGCUGCUAGAGGAACGAAAGCAGGAGCAUGUUGAAGAAACAUCAUUUGAUGAGGUGGACCACAGGGAAACGGCAAUGCCGGAAGUAUCAUUCGGACAGCCAAUUCCAUCUUGGGCCUACGAUGAAGCUGACGUGGCCGCUUCCAAAACAACAGAAGUGCCGCGGGAGCCCACUCUUACGCAGGAAGAACUAGACCACAUCGCAUAUAUUCAGAAACUCGCAGAGGAAACGUCGUUCGCAGUUGAGCCACCAUCUCAAACUCCUUCACUCCAGGCGGCAGCAUUUGCUCAAAGUGAAGUUCUUACGCAAGAAGAACUAGACCACACAUCGCAUACAUUCAGAGAAGCUCGCAGAGGAAACGUCGUUCGCAGUUGA